AUGAGUGAUGUCUUUCUCUUCAAAUCAAAGGAAGAAGAAAUAUUUUGGACAUACAACAUAUCAACUCACAGCCAAUGGGUGAAAGCAGAUGUGUUAAUACCAGAAGAUCUGAAGACAUUUAAGAGCCAGAGAAGUUUUAUUGCCCUUGAUCACCUCUGGGUCUAUGCCUGUGGACAGACCCAAUCCAGAAAGCUUUGCUCUUCAGACGAAUUCCCUUGCACUAGUGGCCAGUGCAUCGCCAAAGAAUCUGUCUGUGACUCUCGGCAGGACUGCUCCGAUGAGAGUGAUGAAGACCCAGCAACUUGCUCAAAGCAUCUCGCCUGUGACUUUGAGUCGGGUUUCUGCGGUUGGGAGCCAUUUCUCACAGAAGAUUCACACUGGAAGCUGAUGAAAGGAUUGAAUAAUGGAGAGCACCACUUUCCUGCAGCCGAUCACACAGCAAACAUAAAUCAUGGAUCGUUUAUUUAUUUGGAGGCACAGCGCUCCCCCGGGGUGGCCAAGCUUGGAAGUCCUGUUCUUACAAAAUUGCUCACUGCCUCUACCCCAUGUCAGGUGCAGUUUUGGUAUCAUUUGUCUCAACAUUCAAAUCUCUCAGUUUUUACAAGAACGUCUCUAGAUGGAAACUUGCAAAAGCAAGGCAAAAUAAUCAGAUUCUCCGAAUCUCAGUGGAGCCACGCAAAAAUUGAUCUCAUUGCAGAAGCGGGAGAAUCUACUCUACCUUUUCAGUUAAGCACAUACGAAAUUAAUACAACUCAACAGAAGACACUUAUUUAAUGCUAAUCCUUUCAGAUAACAAUAUAACACACAUAGCUCAUACCUUUUCAGAUGAGCACAUAUGAAAUUAAUACAAUGCAACAGAAGACACUUAUUUAAUGCUAAUCGUUUCAGAUAACAAAAUAACACACGCAGCUCAUGAAUUUAUUCAACAUUAAUGAAGCAAACACAUUCAGAGAUCAAACACAUGAUCUGUGAUGAGUAGAGAGGUUGUUUUGACUAUGCACUUAAGACAUGUGUAGAAUAGUAGCAAAAAUGGAGAUAAGAAAUGAAUAAGAUGGCAGAGA